AGGGAGGAAGUAAUAGCGGUGGUGCAUGCCGCUCAACCACCCAGACAGCUGGUAGAGAGAUGUCCAAUUCUUUCAAGGAGGAGGCUCAACAACGGGGCUGAGGGUGUCGGAAAGAGCCCACCUUUCCAUUCCCAUGGCACCGGGCAGGUCUCGAACCUAUACGCUCCAGCACCUUACCGGAGCCCCCCCAAAAACUUCAGUAUUUAAAACAAAGCAACAUUCAUGAUUAUUGUAUUACAUAUCAUUUGAAAGUUUAUUUAUUCUUCUAUAUUUCUAUCAGUGUAGAUAUUAUAUUUACGAGGAGUCGCGGAUAUUUGGAUUCUGGACACAUUCACAAUUUUCCUUUGCUGAGGAUGGUGGUGAUGGUGCUGACCACAUGGACGCACAACUUUCAGGAGUCACCGUCGGGGAAGUCGGGCCCCGACUCGGCAUUAACAGCCAGGACAACGGCUUCCUUAGGUUUCACCACUUCCGCAUCCCUCGCACAAACAUGCUCAUGAAGCAUUCCCAGGUCACUGAGGAUGGUACAUACAUCAAGCCAAUCCACCAAAAACUUUCGUAUGGGGCAAUGGUGCAGACACGGGUGAAACUUGCCUUGUUGUGUGCCGGAAAACUAGCCUGUGCUGUCACCAUAGCCACCCGAUACUCUGCAGUGCGCCACCAGUCAGAGCUUGUUCCAGGGGAGCCAGAGCCGCAAAUCCUCGAGUACCAGACUCAACAGUACAAGUUACUGCCCCACAUCGCCUCAGUGUUUGCUCUUUCUUUUUCAAUCGGGAGUCUGAUGAAAGUGUAUGACAAAGUAACAGCAGAUAUUGGAAAGGGAAAUGUGAAUUAUCUGUCUGAGCUUCACUCACUGUCUAGUGGGUUGAAAGCUGUCAGUUCUCAAGAUUGCUCUUUGGGUAUAGAGACUUGUCGCCUGGCCUGUGGGGGGCAUGGAUACAUUGCAUCAUCAAGGCUGCCUCAUUUGUACACAGGUACAAACGUGGUCAUCACCAUUGAGGGCGAGAAUACUGUUUUGUAUUUGCAGGUGGCCAGGUACCUCAUCAAAUCAUACCAAGCAGCCAUGAAGGGUAAGCCAGUAUUGCCAUCGGUCUCGUACCUCAGCACACCUGCAGCCAUUCAGCGGACAAACUCACUUUCCAACAAAGAUUUGAAAGAAGCCUUCAGGACAUCCUCAGUUUCUCUGGUGAAGGAGGUUGAGGCCCGCCUUCAGAAGCUGUGUGACAUGGGCCAAGAUUUUCCCCAUGCCUGGAACACUUGCUCGGUGUCACUAGUUCAUUGUGCUGAGUUUCACAUCAGGUAUUAUGUAUGCGAGCAGUUCCUGAGGACAGUAGAGAGUGUUGCUGUGAGUGAAGGGGUGAAGAAUGUUCUGCUGGGUCUGUGUCGCCUCUACCUGAUCCAUAAUGUGAUCCUAAACCAAGGACACUUCCUAAGGAGUGGGACAUUGAGUGCAGCACAUCUUUCGCUGCUGGAGGAAGAACUGUGUGAGUUGCUGGCUGAACUCCGAAAGCAAGCAGUUCCUUUGGUAGAUUCCUUUGACAUCCGUGAUGAACUGUUGGGCUCCACACUGGGUGCCUGGGAUGGGCGAGUGUACCAGAGGCUGUAUGAUGAGGCUCUCAAAAGUCCCCUCAACAAGACUGAUGUACCCAAGGCUUACUACCAGUACCUGCGCCCCCUCAUGAAGACUAAUCUCUAGAAUUAAGGUCUGUUGUGUUUCCCUAAAUCUGACUCUUUUUUUUCUCUCUGUUGUUGCCAUGGUGUAAAGGGUUGGCAUGUGCAUGUCAUAAUAGACUUAGCAGGAAUGUAUGUUGUUAAGUCACAGUAGAAAAUUCAUAUAUAGUUUCUAUGAAAAAGAGAGAAAUGUAGUGGAACAGUUCCAAUAUGCUUCCUGACAAUAUAAAUAUAUAUUAGAAAAUCUCUGUUUAGGGCAACAUUUGCAUAGCUUUAGAAACAUAACUAUCAAACAACCUAUCAUGUCUAUAGUUACAAAGCAUAUUUUUAAGCAGUUCAGUGCAUGUAAUGCUUGUAGUAUGGGAUUAAAUAUUACAUUUUGUACUGCACAGUGUUUUCGUAUGUAUAGACAUUAAAAGUAAA